AUCUUAUUUUGGUUUCGUCUCGUCUGACACUGACAUAUCGAGGUAAACGAUAAUAAGAAUAUUUUAACAUAUUCAGACAUGGCGGUAGAGAGACAAGCGGAGCCUCCGAUUUCCACUGAAGAUACAUGCAAACGUUUAAUCUACAUAGCUAACGUUCGUCCCAAAUACUACUGCGGUGGUCCAGAUAAAUAUACUCAAAUCAAACCUGGAAAAUUGCAAUUUCUGAAAGAAACCAUCGGCAGUGAUUACAAUCUGUUGCUCAAGACAAUAGAAUCAGUCAAUGAAGAUCCACUGAUACCAUUCCGAAAACAAAUUUUUAACAUGUUAUGUUCACCCAUGUUAUUUGAAGAAGCUUCGAAAGAAUGCAAAACUGAUAUAUGUACACUCAUUCAUAAAAUUAUGAAAUACGAUGAGGAUUUUUUCGAAUACAUUCACUGCAUGUCGUUGUGUAAUAAACGUAAGUUUACGAAAUCUGCAAGACGAGCUGUACGUUUGUAUUACAAAGGCAAAACUCCUUCUCAACUGGCUCAAUACUAUGCUGAUACAAUGAGCGUUCAUGGCUGGACGCACAGGCGACUUAUCAAAUUUUGUCACAUAAAAGCGGAAUCUCCAGCACAUGAGAUAGUUCUCAGUUACAUAAUGAAAAAGAAAUGUGUCGACACAGAAGACGAUGAAGUCAAGAAGAACUUGGAGUAUAUGAAAAAAUGUGACGAACUAAGGAAGGCUACCGAUAAAAAGGAUGCUGUACCUUUGGUUACUGAGCUGAAAGCUUCUAUUAAACUGGUUGACGGUACAUUGCGUAAGUGCGCCGCGAUAUGGGCCGCCAUAAUUCCGAAUAUGUCCAUCAAAGAGAUACUAAAAAUACUUCCCAAACUGUAUAAGUAUGGAUUUCUUAAGAAAGAUAAGACCAUGAAUGUCAAAAUCUCAGAAAUUUUAACGACCUCCAGCAAGGUGAUCGAAUGCGGAAUUCAUCCAAUGGAAGUAUUUAUUCAGAUGAAGAAUUUUGAAGCCGGGGGAAAACGUAUAGAUCCGAAACUAUUGCAACACUUGGUAGCCGAAAAGAAUUUAUCCGAAGAAGAGGUAGCGAAACUAAAAUCACCGGUUCAAAUAAAGAGCCCGACCUUCAUCAACACCAUUCAAAAGUGCAUGAACAUAUCAAUCAAUAACGUGAAAAGCACUAAUAAGCGGUUCUUAAUCACUGUGGACGCCACUAACAAGAUGGAUACCCCAUGUAUUGGCAAUAGAAACAUAUCGAGUGUCGAAGCUGCCGCAGCUUUCAUUUGGUAUUUUUUGAGGACAGAAAAUCAUGUAACUGUGGCUGUUUUCAAAGAGUCUGAGAUUGAAGUUAUUCCCAUGGACAAAAAAUUACAAAUCCACGAAUACGCUCAGAAGAUUAAAGAAAACGAAAACGAAUAUUUAGUUGUGUCCUCUCCAAUCGAAUGGGCAUGUAAAACUAAAAAGAAAAUCGAUGUGUUUAUUAAUUUCAUACACCAUAACGAGUACCACUCUACCAUUCCAAAAGAUGUGAAGGAGAAGAUGAAGAAGCCAGUCGAAGUUUUAAAGAAUUACAGACAGAAACUUACAUUGCCAGACGCAAAGUUAAUUAAUGUUUGCUUCACGUCGACAAGGAUGACUAUAGCCGAUGGGUCUCCCAAUGUUUUAGACAUCGCUGGAUUGGACUCGGAAAUGCCCAAGGUAAUAGAAGCGUUCAGCCGUGGACAUUUUUGCUAACUCGAUUAAAUCGAAUCAAAACUGAGUACAUCCAUCCGUUCAAAAGUGUUCAUAAAUUAUUUUUCUAUUUUUGUUACUACGAAAAACAUUUUUAAUAAUCAUUAAACCUGUUAGUGAUAUAUCAAAGUUUCCAUGAGAUUUAAGAUACAUACAGGUGCAUUAUUUAAGUAAUAUUGUAUUUUCUUCAUACCGAUAUAUUUUCAAUACAGCACCGGUAAUAUUCAUUUCUGAUUCUCCUUCUCUUCUUCGUCAACCAUUUUCUCUCUCUCUCUCUCUAUCUCCCUCUCCCAAUUGCUUCCAUCUUUAUCUAUCUUGCGCCAAUCUAAUCCACUGUUUACCUGCCGCUGCUCUUAUGUUAUCUACCCAUAUCUUUUGAGAUCUUCCUAUGCUUCUUUUCGUCCUUAUCUCCAUUCUAAGGUUAUCCGUGUCCACCUGUUAGCUUAAUAUUAUAACGAUCGGAUGGACAAGGGGUCAUGAAUGCUGAACCAGAAGGAUCAGGACGAUAUUAUCCUUAGAUGGAAUAAGGAAUGACCGAAGAUGGAAAGGUCCAAUCGUUUACAUUGACGAAACAAAGGCCACGUUGCUCAGUCGGAAGAGAUGUGGGCGUGGUUCUUUGGGUUUGGGCUUCUGUUACAAUGAAAGAUGUUAAAUGAAUAAAUAAUGAUAUGCGAAUAGAGCUAAUGAAACGAUGAUAGACAAAAGAUAAAUAUGUAGAUAACAUUAACUGAUGGUUUGACUCAUGGACUCUAAGAAAACGUAAACACUGAAUACACAAACUAAAAAACAGAGGGCGCCAGGUAUUUUGACCAACAAAUACUCAAAGGAACUAUUAACGAUACGUAACGCAACAAAGAAAUUAGUAACUCUACUACGACACUUAAUGCUACAAAAGAAAAAUUAGCAACGAUGCUACAACACAAUAAUGUUCUAGUCUUGAGCUAUAAAUAAUAAUUAAAUAAAAAGCGACAUCGUACACUUUAAUAAAACAUUUAUUAAAAUUCUCAACGAAAUCUUAAUAUUCACAUAAUAUAUGCAAAUGAAGCGUAAAAACGUCAACCACAAAAAUAAAAAUUACACAAUAAUCAUUUAAAAAUGGUUAACAAAUUGCAUAUCUUCUUCUUCUUCUUGUAGUGCCUAUCCGUUUCGGAUGUUGGCGACCAUCAUGGCAAUCUGCACUUUGCACACUGCUGCUCUGAAAAGAUUUGUAGUGGUUGUGUUGAACCACGUUCGUAGAUUUUUCAGCCAGGAAAUCCUUCGCCUUCCUGGUCCUCGCUUUCCCUCUACUUUUCCCUGCAAGACCAGUUGCAGCAGUCCAUAUCUCUCACUGCUCCUCAUGAUGUGACCGAGGUAUUCGAUUUUGGCUGUUUUUAUUUUGAUUAACAGCUCUUUUUCUUUUUUCAUUCUCAGCAAAACACCCUCAUUAGUAAUGUGGUCGGUAUAAGAUAUCUUCAGGAUUCGACGAUAAAGCCACAUCUCAAAAGCCUCAAUUUUCUUGCAGGUGGCGUCUGUGAGAGUCCACGACUCAACUCCGUACAACAGUAUAGGAAAUAUAUAACAUCGUAGUAAUCUGACUUUUAUGGGUAUCGACAAAUCAUGACAUUUGAACAACUUUGCCAUUUUUUGAAAUGCAGAUCUUGCUUUCUCUAUCCUACAUUUGAUUUCUAUAGAAUGGUCCCAAUUUUCAUUGACGUUCGUACCAAGGUAGGUGUAUGUUUUUACUCUUUCUAUUUGUUGACCAUUCACACUGAUUCGUCCAAAUUGCUGUUCAUUCUUAGAGAUCAUCAUACAUUUGGUUUUCUUAGUGUUUAGUGAAAGUCCGUAUCUCUGACUGACUUCUGAGAUUCUGCUCAUUAACUCCUGUAGGGCUUCAGAACUGUCAGCGAAUACCACAGUGUCGUCUGCGUAUCUUAUGUUAUUGAUACAUUCUCCGUUAAUUCUAAUUCCGGCUUCAACAUCAUCCAAUGCUUCUUGAAAGAUUUCCUCAGAGUAGAUGUUAAACAGCAGUGGGGAUAGUAUACAUCCCUGACGGACCCCACGUUUGAUUUUGAUAUCGUCGGAUUCUCCUGCCUCUGUCCGGAUAGAUGAUGUUUGAUUCCAGUACAGAUUGCUGAUAAUCCUUAAAUUGCAUAUAAAUUGGUGUAUUCACCAACACAGUAAAACUAACAAAAUACGAAAUGUAAAAUGUAAGUGAACGAAUAACUCUUGUUCACAGCAAAAAAAUAAACUGAAUAGUUACCCAAUAAAAAUAAAAAGUCGAUACUCUAAAUAAAACUUAAAAUUCUUACCGUUCACUUACAAACAAUAAAAGAAAGAGCUCUUUGUUUAUAUAUAUAACUCUAAUAAUACUCAAUAAUAAUAAUACUCUAAAGGUACUCAAAGAAAUUUACAUGAUGAAAAUGUCUUUUAUUUAAGUAUUAAAAAUAAAAAACAAGUGACCGGCAUAUACGUAAAUGUCACUAUUAACACUAAAUGAGCUAAAACUGUAAGUCAAUGAACUUAUCCCACGGAAGAAACACAAACAUAAGGUAUUUGCUCUGGACACGCGAGAAGACAUCUCUAAAUAUUUCUAAUAAAGAAUGCGUAACUUACGUGAAACAGAUGUAGGGGAUGCCCUUACAGUACAGGCAUUCCUUAUCUAGGCCAGGUCAUAUACCCAGCGGCAAAGUCGAAAUAAAAGGAGCGACAAAGAAUAGCUUUGGCCACAGUCCAUAGUGUAAUGUGGAUUCAGAUAUUUACUAGCGAUAGGUGGUAACUGGGACUUGGGACCAGCCCUGUGAACAAAAUUAAUUAUUCACAGCGAGUGUUCUAUGAAGAAAAAGGGUUUUUUAACGACUUACCAGACUAGUCCAGGCUGGUCCAUCACAAAACAACUAAAGUUCACCACAUGACUCAAACAACUCAACUUACUGCAAGAAAGUUUAACUCACGAAUGCCCAGAUUUCACAGAUUUCUGCUUAAAUAAGAACUGACGGCGUGGGUACGCGACUUUGUCAACGGCCGUAAAAAAAUGCAAAAAAGUGCCUUAUUAACACCCGUAAAGGGCUUAGCAACCCCAACACUUAAAAUGAGUUAUGAGAUCUUUCACAAAAAAGCUAUUAAAGUCAAACAUUUUGCGUGAGAAUCGCAUCUAUGGAUAGCGACACAUGUGUUUCUAAGAAAAACACGCCGAUAGAGACUCUAAAAUCUAAUCAGUUAAGCCAAAAGCCAUGAAGGUAUGGGGGACCGGAUUAAAAUCUACACUGGGAAAACUUAAACGUUACAAUAGCUGGCUAUAUGACGUGUCCAGCCCAUUUCAUUUUAUUUUGUAAUUUCUUCCACGAUAUCCCUGAUCCUUGACGUGUUUCUAAUCUUGUUUCUCAGUACUAUUGGAGGUGUUUUUCAAGAUAUAUGCUAGUUUACCGAAAGCAGCCCAUGCCAGUUGUGUUCUUUUAAUUUAAGCAUCUUGAUUUAGUUUUCCCAGUGUGAUGAUAUGGCCCAGGUAUACAUAAUGUUCAAUAUUUUCUAUGGUAUGGUUUUGUAUUGUUAUAUCUGUCUUCUUCUUCUUUAAGUGCUAUCUCCGCGGCGAAGGUUGGCAAUUCUCAAGGCUAUUCUGAUCUUCGAGGCAACUCUGAACAAUUGCCUUGAGCUGCAACCAAAUCAUUCUCUCAGGUUAUUCAACCAGGAAACGCGUCUCCUUCCUGUGCUUUUUCUACCCUCUAUUUUUCUUGAAUUAUGAGUCGCAAUGUUCUCAAGAUGCUGUAUCUUUCGCCUCAUCACAUGACCGAGAUAUUGCAAUUUUCUUUCUUUUAUUGUGUUUUCCAUUUCCCUCUCUCUGGCUAUUCUCCUUGCUGUAAUUUAAUUUUUGAUUAGAUUUCAUUAUUCUCCCGAUCUUGUGUUGGGUCUUUCUCUUUUGUUGGAUCUAAAAGGGUGUAUCAUUUGUAAAUAUUGUAUGUUCAGAGGUGUGGCAGAUUAACAAAUGAAAAAUUAAUAAUUUCUUGUGCUAUCCUUCAGCAUGCAAUGACUAACUUAUGAGUAAUAAAUAAUAUUAUUGUUUAUCAAACACUUUUUCAGUUCCAGUUACAAAUAUGAGAUUAAAUAACAUGUAAAACUUUGUGCGGUUUCUUGAAUCUGAUGGAAAUAUUUAAAAUAUUUAUAAAGUUCUCUAUACGCACACUCUUGGUUAUGUGAUAGUAUCAAAAAAGUUAUAUUUAUUCGUUAGUUAUUUUUUCUUUACGCUAGUGUUUCUGUAAAUGUCUUGGAAAUAAAAUCUACAAAAAAUAAUGGAUGUAACUUUACCGAUUUAGUCAAAAAAUCAGUAUCCAUGUACUUUUACUUAUUUAACGAUAUAAUGUAGUUUUUAUUCCCAAUUUAAAGUUUUUUCUAAGAAAAUUGUAGUUCUGGAUCAUUUUUAAGAUGCUUUACUUGUUUAUUUUUAAACAAAAAAUUUUGUCUAGUCACACAAAAAUCGGGUAUAUCUCUCUAGUGUUUACUAAGUGACUCAAAUUGAUGUACUUUAUAUAAAUAAGUCUCCUGAAAGUAGGCUUCUUGGUACAAAUUUUAUUAAAACAUUCCUCUCUUUACUAAUGUACCAAUUAACCAAACGAUAAAAAUGUGUUACAUUUCAAAAAAAUUCUACCUUAUUAGCAUUAUUUGACUCUACCAAUAUCUCAAUUUCAAACUAUGUAUAGCGGUACGCUUUAAUUACUAUAUUUGCUAAUUUUAUUUUCUUAAUUUUUGAUAACUUUUCUCAAAACGAAACGGCAUUGGUCAUUUAAAAUCCACAUGUGAUAUACAAACCAUAGGCCGUUGAUUUCGAGGAAACACUAAUAGGUUACGAUGCCCCAGGUCGCCACACUUUUUAUGUCAACUUCUUAAAAUACAAAAAAGCUUCUCAUCUCUUAAAAGGCAGAGGCAGUAAUUUAUGGACCAUCUGGCCAUUAUAGCAAAACCGCAAAACCAGUUGACAUAAAAGUGGUGGUCCGGAGGCCAGUCACUAUACAGCAUGCAAACGAUGCAGUCAAACCCUCGGCUCGCUGACAAUCAACCCUCGUUCGAGAUAUAAGCAAACACACCACUUGUUCACCCAAAAUAAAUAAAUAUAUUACUGUUCGUCGUUACACUUUUUUUUUUAUUAUUUUUAAUUAAUUCCGUCAACUCACACCUACCGGAAUAUAUGCAUUUGCAACUAUUUAUCAUCUUUGUUCUUUCUUUUUGGUCUCUUACGGGUCUGUGAUCGCUUCCUAAUAAUAGUUUAUUGAGUACAGUUACAUCUUGAACAAUUUGUUUUUUUUUGUCUGAUAUUAUAUAAUCAUAUUCACUUUUAGUUCUUCCUUCUGGACUAACCGACGUCCAUUUUCUAUUCUCUUCCUUCUUAAAAAAAGUGUUCAUUGAAUACAGUUUGCGUUGCAACAGAAACAGUCUUCGAUAAUAUAUGUAUGAUAACCCAAGAAUAAGAUACCUUGGGUAAAACCAAGCUCUACGCUCUGAGCUUCGCUGGUGUCGCUCCUAGCGGAUUACUAAUGCAACUUUCACCGGUAAUUUUUAAAUUUAUUAUUUAAUUGUUAUCGCUUAAUAUUUACAACGCAAAAAAGUAAUUAAAUUGUAAUCGAUUUUUUAAAGAUUUUGCUAAUCGUUUUAACGUUCUAUUAAUGAAAUAUUAAUUUCUUACUUCGGAUACUUUCACAAUUAUCGUGUAGAUGGCGCGGCGCUUAGAUUAAUUUAUAAUUACAUAUUACGAAGUAUUAAAAAAACUUAAAUUCAGUAUUUAAAACGUAAGUAUAUUUAAAGUAAAAAUAUACACCACAGCUUUGACCAACUAAUAUUAUUUCCUAUUAAUGUUUUUAAUUUCAAUGUUUUAAAUUAAUCACUUUGACAUUUAUGUCAAAUUUCCAGUAAAAGCUUACAGACUUGUCACUACUGACGUUCGCGAAUUUUUAAUUAUCCCCUCUACCUACGAGCUCAUAGCGUAUAAUCCCAGAGCCGCGCUAGCGGUAAAACUAUUAUUAUUAUUAUUAUAAAACAAUCUUUCUCAGUCUACAUUUGGAUUUCGUAAACUUCGAUUCGUCCAAAACUAAGCACUACAGAGAUGAUCCGAUAACUCAAAUAAAAAUACUAUUUUCAUGUUUUUCUAACAUGGUAAUAACCCAAAUACGCUUUUAAAUUUGUUGUUAAAACAUGUAACAAAAUGUCCACGUGCCUUCAAAAUGUCGAUAAGACUGCAGUGUUAUUUUGAUGCAGGUUAUUUCCUUUUUUCUUAACAGAAUACUCACUAAUGAUCAGCUUCAUAAUUUAUCAAAAGUAGUUGAUGUUAAAAUAUUGCUGAUUGAGAAUUACGAUCGAAAAUAUACAAAUACUACAGGCCUAUAUCGACGAGUAGAUUUUUAAAUUUGUUGAAUCAGUGGCUGAAAUGACCGAUAAAUCUACAGAUUUUUCAUGGCACCGAAGGAUAAAAUUAUAUAAAACAAAUACAAAUUUACUCAAUGAACGAGUCAGUUGAUUCUAAAACAGAAAUAAAUGAGCAGAAAUAGUGAAACUGUACAUUUAUUUACAUGUACAACAGUUCUUUUUACAUGUAGAGAGGUCUUUAGAGAGUGUACAUUAUGUUACCAACAUUUUACAGUGAUCCGAGUAGUUUUAUUUUGGUGUUAUUACUUGAAUGAUGUGAUUUCAAAUUAAUAUUUAGACUACCGUGAAGCAGAAAUAGCAAUCAUUUUUUUACGUAUUUUAUUAUUUAUUAGGCAUUUCUGCAAAAUAUUACUAUAAGACUAUUUAGGUAGCGGUUAAUACACUUAUGCAACUGUUAGCUAUUGUUUAUUUCAUCAACAAUACUGUCGUUUCCAGAUAUUUACAAAUUUUAUUAUUCAACUACGUUCAAAGGUUUAAUCCAAAACUGAUAUACGUGCAUAGAAAUCGGCCCACUUAAAUUUUUUUUUAAUUUUUGAUGUCUCGUAUUUCCUAAACCUGUUGGCCGAUUUAAGUGAUUUUUUGAACAUGUUAUAGCCUGAUUCUUUAGCAAUACCACUGUAAUAAUAUUGUUGCUAAACAGGUAAACUUUCAUUGUAUACCGGGUGUACCAAUCAAACUGUGUUUUUUUCUCAAAGUUCGCAUCGCCCUGUGGAAUAUUCUAGCAUUUAUAAAAUACUGAAAUUAAAACCCAACUCUAGCCUCAGGUUUUCUUAACAUUCUGUUUUUUGACUAAUUUGUUUAUGUUGGAUAAUAGAAAAGUUAGGUACUUUAACAACUAGACAUGUUCUUCAUCAAUACACGGUGUUUUUAAAUAAGUGCGACAAACUUUAAGGGGUAAUUCUGCAUGAAAAUAUAAUGACAGUUGGCUUUAUAAACGUGUGUCCGCAAAUGUUUCAUUUCCGAGAUACGGGAUGUUGAAUUUUUUCUUACAAACUGACGGUUUAUUUUAUUGUUUUAAAACCGGUUGAGAUAUGCCAAUGAAAAUUGGUGGCUUUUUUUAAGACGUAGUUAUUGCACAUUUUUUGACAUACAGUUAAGAGUUUAUUAUUCACCAUUAGCGCGCAUAUGUGUAAUAUGACCGAUCUUAUUACCCGUAUGCACGCUAAUGGUGAAUAUAAAUUUCUUAAUUUUAUCUCAAAAAAUCCGGAAUAACUAUGUCUUAAAACCUACCAAAUUUCAUUUGCGUAUCUCAACUGGUUUUAAAGCAAUAAAUAAAUCGUCAGUUUGUAAGAAAAAAUUCAACAUCCCGUAUCUAGGAAACGAAACAUUUGCGGACAUACGUUUAUAAAGCCAACUGUCAUUAUUUUUUCAUGCAGAAUUGCCCCUUAAAGUUGUCGCACUUAUUUUAAAACACCGUGUAUUGAUGAAGAACAUGUCUAGUUGUUAAAGUACCUAACUUUUUUAUUGUCCAUCAUAAACGAAUGAAUCAAAAAACAGAAUAUUAAGAAAACCUGAGGCUAUAGUUGGGUUUUAAUUUCAGUAUUUUAUAAAUGCUAGAAUAUUCCACAGGGUGAUGCGAACUUUGAGAAAAAAAAACACAGUUUGAUUGGUACACCCGGUAUACAAUGAAAGUUUUACUUUUUAGCAACAAUAUUAUUACAGUGGUAUUGUUAAAGAAUCAGGUUAUAACAUGUUCAAAAAAUCACUUAAAUCGGCCAACAGGUUGUAGAAAUAUGAUACAUCAAAAAUGACCAAUUUUUAAGUGGGCCGAUUUCUAUGCACGUAAGUUUAUGUACUGUGAAUAUAUUUUACCACUUGGCAUAUCUACUAGGCAUUCUCAGAGAAAAUAUAGACAAUAUACUAACAUAACAACACAUUUACCAUGUACACAAAAUUAAGUGAAGUUAAAUGACACAGAUGCAGAUGACAAGAUAAAAUUAAAUGUCAACAGUAGUGGUUUUUACCUCAGAACAGUUAGUUCUGGCAUUUUGACGUAUUCAGAGGUACCAAACCAAUUAACUUUACAAUUGAGGACCAGUUCAGUUAAGCAAAUGAUGGAAAUACGGCACCCAGCUUAAGCUUCUCCUUAACUUUUGACACAAGCUUAGCUAAGCAAAAGCUUAAGUAGCUGUUGAAAUACCGGCGCUUAGGAUGUUUAUUAAUCUCAAUUGCGUUUCGGGUGAUUUGCUCGAUAAAACGAAUAGAAGCUACAGUUUGGAAAUUUUAAAAAUAUUUGCUCAAUUCUCUCCCCUUCAAGAUUUCGAUUUUGGUGCACAUCUAUAAUUCAAUCUCCUUAGAUUUGUCAAGUUGUAAUAAUAUAUUGGCAUCUGAUCUCUCUGUAACAAAAAUAUUUUUUCAGGGAUAUUUAGCUAUAAAAUAAUGUUUUUCAAGUUUUCACCAAUAUGUAGCUAACAUAAUAUAACAGUCUAGAUUUAAGAUUAAGAAACUAACAUUUAUGAUUUCUUUGGUCGUAAAAAAUCUACUUUUUUAGUUUGUAGUACCUUAAGCCUUCUAUGAAAGGUGCAUUUUUUUUAUUGAAAUAAAAAGAUAACUGUGAUGAUUAUUGAACUGCUGACACUUUUUCAGCAGGUCUAACAAAGAUAUUUUUACGACCGAGGGAAAAAAUAGUAAAAUAAGAAUUAUUAUUUUUUAUAUUAUUUUGUUUUUUCCGAUCAGUAAUAAUUAUUUUGGCAACUUAUUGUUGACAUUAUAAAACACAAUACCAUAAUUUUUUGCCUAAAAAUAGGGAUUAUCUAUUCUUCGCCUUUUCUGGCACCUAGUUUUUUUGAAAGUUCAAGAGCAUAGGGGACCUUUUUUAUCCUAUAGUCUAGUCGCAACAGGGGGUCCCGUAGGAAAUUCUAGCUCGCCGUGAUUUGAUGGUGGUAUUAUAGGUUUUUGGGUCGCUGAAUCUAAUGGAAGUAGUCUGGAAGCCCAAAUAUGGCGCGUUUAAUUGUUAUUAACAAAUUAUGGUAAAGUUAGGUAUUUUUCAGGAAUUAUUAGAAGCCCUGUAAAUAAAUUGAUAGUGUUAAUGUCUUCUUGGUGUAUUUUUGGUCGCUGAAGUGCGACUAGUCGCGAUUACUCAAAAUAUGUUCUUAUUUUGUUAAUAACAAAAUAUGUAAUUGUUUAUUCGCCGAAAAGCUGGAAGUAAUGCGCUAUCUACAGCAAGUUUGUAGUCUUUUUCAUAGUAUUUUUAUACGCUAAAUCGAUUGCCACUAGUCGUGAUAGCUUAAACCACGUUCCGACGUUGUUAUUAAUAAAUUAUUGUAAAAAUAACGGUUUAUAGUACGUUUACUCACGAUUUUUGUUAUGUUUUUUAAAAACCACUUGGAUCGGCAUGAAAUCUGGCAUACACGUAGCUAACAUGUCAAACAAAACAAGAAACCUUUUUCGAGGUUAAAAAGUCAAUAGUUUUCGAGUUAUUUGCGAAUGAAUAUGUUCAUUUUUCAACAAAAAACCCACGUUUUUAGACGGUUUUCGCAAAUAACUUAAAAAAGUAUUUUUUCAAAAAAAAUUUCUUUGCAAAAAUAUAGACUAUAAAAAAGUGAAAAAAAUGGUGUAUGUGUGAGGUCCGUAGACCCAGUAGAAACGAAGUUGUAGCUAAUGAACAACAGGUUCAUAUUAGUCAAAUUCCAAAUCGAAUAUUUGUGCGGUUUUAUGUAAAUACAAAAAAAAACUUUUUUAAAGCUUUUAAAAAAAAUUUAUUCUUGUUUUUUGAAAAAGUAUCUAGUAUCAAGAAUAAGCAAGUUACGCUCAAAAUAAAGUUGGUCCCUUUUUUUGGUAAAAAAACGGGGAAAUCACCCCCUAAUUAGCAUCUCAAAUGAAAUUAAUCGUUACCGCUUCACAAGUUGCUUUACUGAUGUUGUAGGUAUAUGAUCUGUAAGUUUCAUCAGUUCGAAAGUGCUUAUAAAACCACCAAAAACGUGUUUUUUUUUGUUAAAAAUGAACAUAAUAUUCACUCGCAAAUAACUCGACUUGUACUAUAAAUACUAAGUAUUGACUUAAUAAAAAACUGUAUAGAACAAGAGUUGCUUAGAAUUAAUCAUUUUAUCCACUUCCGGACUUAUUUUAAAGGUCUCUUUUUUCACCCCUGAAAAGCGGUGAAACUCACCCCCGGGGUAAAAGCACACAUCGGCACAAAAUAUCACUUGUUUUGUUUGACAUGUUAGCUACGUGUAUGCCAAAUUUCAUGUCAAUCCAAGUGGUUUUUUUAAUUUAGAGCAAAAACCGUGAGUAAACGUUCUGUAAACCGAUAUUUUUGCAAUAAUUUAUUAAUAACAAAGUCGGAACGUGGUUUAAGUUAUCACGACUAGUGGCAAUCCAUUUAGCUUAUAAAAAUACUAUGCAAAAGAUUACAAAUUUGCUGUAGAUAGCGCAUUAUUUCGAGCUUAUCGGCGAAUAAACAAUUAUUUUGUUACUAACAAAAUAAGAAUAUAUUUUGGGUAAUCGCGACUAGUCGCAUUCGAUUUAGCGACCAAAAAUACACCAGAGAAGACCUUAACACUAUCAAUUUCUUUACAUGGCUUCUAAUAAUUCCUGAAAAUGACUAAUUUUACCAUAAUUUGUUAAUAACAAUUAAACGCACCAUAUUUGGGUUUUCAGACCACUUCCAUUGGAUUUAGCGACCCAAAAAACCUAUAAUCCAACCAUCAAAUCACGGCGAGCUAGAAUUUCCCACGGGAUUCCCUAUGUUGCAACUAGACUACUAUCGUCAUUAGCUUCGUGUUUUUCAUACUUAUGCGUUUUUCUGCUUAUUUUCUAUUCUUAUCCAUUUAUUUUAAGUCCUAAAAGUGUUCCUUGACUUUCAGAUUUUAUUUUCCUUAUACAUACAUCUUCAUUCAUUUUGAUGAUAUUUUCCAUUAUGUAUUGUCUGACACUUCACAAAUUUUUUACAAUGCCUGUAUUAUGUAAGUUAGGUACUCACGAAUAUGGAGCUCCAAAAAUAAAGCGGGGUGAUUUUUCUAAAUUUCUAUGUUCUCUACAAAAUCUGUUAUCUACUCAACAAAAUAAUGAAAUGAAAACAUUUACUACUUUACAAUCAUUGAAACUUGUGCUGAAAUAUCUGAAUUCAUCGCUAGAGGCGCUGGUCUCCAAAAAUGUCGAAUGCCAUUGUUUCAUCGUUUUUAUAGCAACGUGUAAUGAGUAAGAGUAAUAGUAAUAAUAGUCUCCCGUUUUAUACCGCUGCUGACACGGCUUUGGGAUUAUUGCAGGGUAGCCUGCUAUAUCUAGGGCCUACGGUAUACAAAGAAGGUAACAGGGCCAGUGCUACGCUUUAACCGCCUAUUAUUACCCCUGGUUUUACCCAAGGUACUCAUUUUAUUCAGGCUUAGUCGACUUGGGGGCUAUAGACAUUUCUUAAAAAUGUCUAGUUGUUCUUGUCGGCAGUGGGAUUUCAACCCCGGCCCACCAGCACGCGGAGUAAGGGUGUGGCUCACUACGGAGACCAAAGGAUGGUAUCCUAGCCUAGAGCAUAGUAUCCUACGCUUCAUAAUCGUGAAUUCUGGCAUUCAAAAUAAUGCAUUUAUUUUACAUAGCGAUCGAUAAUAUAGUUUCGAUCGCCAGGUAAAAUAAAUACAUUAUUUUAUGAAGAGUAGGAUACUAUGCUCUAGGCUAGGAUACCAUCCUUUGGUCUCCGUAGUAGCACACGCUAAGAGUAAUACACCGUAUAUAAUGCAUUUUAAGAAGAAAAAUUGUAGUUCAAAAGGUAAACUGGUUUUAUGUCACUAUUGUAGCCAAGGUCUUACUCAUCAAUGGCGCCAUCUAGUGAAAACAAAACGAUAUCACAAUUAAAGAAAUAAAAAUAACUGUUUUUAAUUUUGAUGUAAUGAUUUUCUUCUUCACUCUUUUGUUAGAAAAAGAGAGUUGUUACUUUUAAGGAAAUCCAAUUCCAUUUUUGUAAAUUAACACGUUUGCUCAACAAAAGUUUUAGAAUAUAGUUGGAAACAUCCUGUUGGCAUAAAAUUAUGGUCUCAUCUUUGUAUGUCACUAAUAAACAUUGUGUUGUUAUGGCUGUUAUUUAGCAAUGUGGUAACUAUUUUUAAUCUGUUAGGGAGUUAUAUUUUAGUUUUUUAUUUAUUAAGGGAUAAGUAUGUAUUAGUAAUUUUUAUGUUAUUUUAAUAAUGUAACAUAGAGUAGGUUGCCUAAUAAAACGAAUAUGUAUUUGUA